GAUGACGGACGGACCGCAGAAACACACUCACACAGACAACAACUUCUCCCGGACACAGAGCUGGUUCAACCGCUUUCACCGUGUCUUGUGGUCAAUUCUGCCACAAGAGCUGCUUUAUUUGUGCAGCGUGUUGUUGUAUCGCGAGUGUAACCGUCGUCAGGCUUAGUUUAGAGCAGUGAACAUGGACGUGGGGGAAUCUCAACAAAAGACGAUGAGUCUUGUCAUUAAAACCCCCAGCCAGGGCCAGGAGGACCAGACCAUCGAGGGCGUGUGUCCUGACUGGACCGUGCGGGACCUGAAAACACAUCUGUCGAAGGUCUACGCGACCAAACCGGCUGAGAGUGACCAGAGGCUGAUCUUCGCUGGAAAACUGCUCCCGGAUCAUCUUCACAUUAAAGAUCUCUUCAGACAGGUUACUAACUCCACUCCUACCCUGCACCUGGUGUGUGCUAUGAGGACUCCACUGGGAGCAAGACCUAAGACCAAAGAGACAGAGCAGCCACAUCCGUCCAGUCCAAGCUCCACACCAGUUCAGGCUCCCACCACACCGGAGCUGAGGCAGAGGAGGCAGAGCCCUUCGUCAUCUGCUGCUACAUCAGGCCACACACAAAUGCCAACACAUCCAACAGGAACUCCUGCAUGGCCCGCCGCUGCUGCAGGGGUUGGUGCAUCACAGAUGACCCAGCCAGCCUUUCCUACCUACUCCCUGUACAGCCCUCAACAGCUGCUGUGGCUCCAGCACGUCUAUGCUAGGCAGUAUUACAUGCAAUAUCACGCAGCUUUGGCAGCAGCAGGCUCAGUUCCCUCAACGCCGACAGCAACUGUUGGCCAGUAUCCAGCGGUCCCCGCUCACCAAGUGCCCGUCCCGGCUCCCUUAGCCAAUCAGAACCCCAUUGACAACCUGCCAGCCAAUCAGAACCCGGCACAGGACGGGGCUUUCAUCAACCCCGCAGAGGCCAACCAGAACAUGAGGAUGAACGCGCAGGGCGGGCCUGUAGUGGAGGACGAGGAGGACGUGGACCGGGACUGGCUGGACUGUCUGUACUCUGCAGCAAGAUUCGGUGUGCUGCUCAUGAUCGUGUACUUCAACUCCAACCUGAGUCGCUUUCUGCUGGUGAUGAGCACGCUCCUCCUCAUGUACCUACACACCGUUGGCUGGUUUCCUUUCAGAAGGCCAGUGCAGGUCCAAGCACCCAACCAGAUCCAGCCCCCUGAGGUCCAACGCAACCAGCAGAACGACAACAGGAACCCAAACCUAAAUCCAGUUGAUGAGCCAGCUGACAGAGAGAUGGAGGAACCUGAAGGCUCAGAGGAACGCGGGUCAAUGACGGCAGUUCUAGUGCCUCCACACAGGGUGUCCUUCAUGUGGACGGCGUGGGUCUUCUUCAAAACUUUCUUCUCUUCCCUCAUACCUGAGGCACCUCAGGGUGCGGUCAACUGAGUGCCUGGGACAGACGAGUGAAAGAGACUGCCACAGACAAGGGUUUUUCCAUUUUUCAGUGAUCUUCAGAUAUUGCUUGAAACACGGGUGAAAGAUAUCAGCUGGAGAAUAUUUUUUUAAAAAAGGACAGUGCAUCGAUCUGAGCAGUGACUACAACCUCCUGACCGAGUCAAAGACUGCAGUGUGACGGUGACCCUUCUUGUGAGUGGGAAUCAGGAAACACCAGCAAAAUCAAGCAGCCAAAAAAGUGGACAAUAAGUUUAAAAGAAAUAAAACAAGAAAAAUCACCAACAGGUACCGAGUGCUGGUUUUAGGCUUUUUACUCUGUGUUUAUGAUUUUUAUGCUUCAUCUCAAGGCUUUGCAAGAAUGUGUAGCUCCAUGGAUGUUUCCUCAACGCAACAGUAGGUGGCACCAGAGAAAUAAAAAAUAACCUCUGCUGACUGUUGAGUGGUAAAACAUAACUUAUUCUUAAUGCCAUGUUUAAUGUAUGAUUUGGUAUCUGAAUCUCAUUCCAGAUUGUCUGAAGGGAUUUGUGUUGCAUAUGUGUGGGUUUUUUUUUUUUUAAAGCUCUAAAAAUAUUUUUAAAGCUCUAAAAAUAAAUAAAAAUUACAACUGACAGCUUCUGAAAGUAGAAGCAACUACUAAAACAUUGAGUUUUACAACCCAUCAUGUCCAGUCAAUUUUUGCCACCGAACUUGAUUCAAAGUUCUGUUCCUAAUUUUAAUUUUUUUGUAUGUUGUUUGUGUCUUUUGAGGGGUGCGAUCUCAGAAUAAGCUUAGAAUGAAAGACAUUGGCUAAAAUAUCUUAGAAGUUAAAAAUAAAGGUCAAAUGGGUAGAUAAAAAGUAGGAAAAUCUAUGUUCAGCCCUCAUUUGAAUUUGUACUCACUAUAAUGAAGCAAAAUGAGCAGUUUUAAAUUCAUGAAAAGCAGUGAGCAAAGAUAAACUGAACACAAUACUGUACUUUCACUUACUUUCAUUGCCCAGAUCUGUUCAGUUCAGUUCUUAUCAAUACUUUUAUUAAUCUCCUUGGGUUAAAAUUACAGUGAAAUCUUGUUUUUAUUGUAGAGCGAUUUGUGACCCAAUCCAUUUCUGCCAAAUUGUUCUGUAUGAACCUGUAAAUAGAUGUACACAUGCACUUUACAACAUGUAUCUUAUGCAAGCUUCUUAGCAUAAAGAGGGGCUGUGAUUUAUUGUUAACGAUAUAACAAAUUGUCUUCUGUUUUUGUCAAAUCUAAAAUAAAAGUUAAGGAGAAAAUAAUUGAAAAUGUCCACCUGUGGAUUGUACAUUUUGAAACGAAUUAAAGUGACUUUAUGUCUCACCUGG